AUGAUCGGUAAGCUGAUUAGGAUCGACUACAAUACUCAAACAGCCCAAAGAGGUAAAUUUGCUCGCAUUGCAAUUGAGCUCGAUGUUUCACAGCCUCUAACCCCAGAUUUCUAUCUUGAUGGAGCUGUACAACUGAUUGAGUACGAGAAUCUACCCCAAGUUUGCUUUUCAUGCGGUCGAAUCGGUCAUUCUGAAGAGGAAUGCUCUGAAAGCAAAGCUCCACCCAACACUCAGGCCCCUCCUAGCCUUGUGCUUGCAGACCUCCCAAUGACAUCAUCUCUACAGCAAACCCCCACACUUGGAUCAGAUACUACCUCUGAAGCCACCGCAACGAAAGAAGCUUUUGGGCUGUGGAUGGUUGUUCAACGUAAACAUAGAAGACCCAAUAAGAAUGGCAACCAAACUCCCCAAAUGAAGAAUCAAUCCACCAAGGACGGACGGCCUGCGGCGACCACCGGAAAUUCCCAUCUCCGCUCGGUUCAGCCGAUUGGGGUAAAAGCUCAACAACGGCAAUCCCCAACUCCGGCGACCACCCGACAACCUUCAAUGGAAGGAAUCGCUUACACCGACUCCAGCGCCAACUGCAGCGAACGGAACACCAGCAACCUCGGCUACCAUCUCUUCUAG